UGUAGAAUUCUCUCUCUCUCUGUUUUCCCCCUCUUCUGUCAGAAUGCAAUCUGCGUGGGAGCAGGGGACAAGCCUAUGAAUGAAUAUCGGUCCAUAGUGUACUAUCAAGUCAAACAGCCACGGUGGAUGGAAACAGUCAAGGUGGCUGUCCCCAUCGAAGGCAUGCAGAGGAUCCAUCUGCGAUUCAUGUUUCGACAUCGGUCAUCCCUGGAAUCUAAAGAUAAAGGAGAAAAGAACUUUGCCAUGUCCUACGUGAAGCUGAUGAAGGAAGACGGGACCACUCUGCAGGAUGGAUACCACGACCUGGUUGUCCUAAAGGGGGACAGCAAGAAGAUGGAGGAUGCCAGCGCCUGCCUGACUCUGCCUUCAUAUCGGCACCACAUGGAAAACAAGGGGGCCACUCUGAGUCGAAGCUCCAGCAGUGUUGGGGGGCUCUCCGUCAGCUCCCGGGAUGUGUUUUCCAUUUCCACCCUAGUGUGCUCCACAAAGCUCACCCAGAACGUGGGCUUGCUGGGUUUGCUGAAGUGGCGAAUGAAGCCUCAACUACUGCAGGAGAAUUUAGAGAAAUUGAAGAUUGUGGGUGGAGAGGAGGUAGUGAAGAGUACCCAAUAAUUGAACGAAAACACACGACAUAUACAAAGUUCAUUAAAA